AAAAAAUAUUCAUAUAUAAAAUAUUAAUAAAUAAAUAAAAUUUAAAAAAAAAUCCAAAAAUAGAAAAAUAGAAAAUAAAAUUAUUAUAGAUAUUCGAAAUCAUAGAAAACUAUCUUGUUUUUUGUUUCAAAUAAAUUAUAUAAUUAAUAUCAAAAAUAUAUAAUUAUUUUUUUUUUUUUGUUUUUUUUUUGUUUUUUUUUUUUUUUCAUAUAAAUAUAAAUAUUUCUACUCCUCAUUUAUUUUUAAAAAAAUACCCUUUAUGUCACAAUAGUUUAUUAAAUAUAAUAAUUAAUUUAAUAUAAUAAUCUUUUUGUAAAUAAAAAAAAAUAAAAAUAAAAAAUUUAAAAUAAUUUUAUAUUAUAUUAUAUUACUUUUUUUUUUUUUUAUAUAUUAAAUCAUUAAUAAAUGUUAAGAUUUAAUUUUAAACACUUUAUAUUUAUAUCUUGUACUUUAUUGGUUUUAAUAAUAUCAUAUCUAUUUACAAUAUUUUUUAAUAGAUUUUUGUUGUACUUUCAAAUAGAUUUAAAAACAUUUUCAACACACAACACCAAUGAAUCAUUGAUUUCUUAUUUUAGAAUCAAUGAUGAAAACACACUGCAAAUCAGAAACCAAAUAGAGUAUUCACAAGAUAAAUAUUUUCAAAUAAAAAGAUUUACGAGUGACCACUUAUUUUUAAUAACAUUUUUUAUUCUACAAACAUGCAUAUCAAUCAUUUUAAUACCAAAUCUUUAUAAAAAACCAUACACUUUAAACAUUUUAAUUUUUAGAUUUGUUAUAGAAUUUUUACAAAGCCAAUAUAUCAUUUUAACCAAACUUAGAAUCUUCGAGCACUACGGAAUUAACAUUCAAAAUACACUAUUAGAUGACCUAUCCUUAUCAUUUAGAAAAAAGCAAGCAUCUCUUUUAAGAAGAAAUUUAUCACUAUUAAAAAAAUUCAAAUCGAAAAUUUUUACAGAUUUAGAAAAAAGAAAAGAUUAUGCAAUUCAAAACUGGAUAUCAUACACUACUCUAGAAUGGUUUUUAACAACUUCAAUUUUUGGUUACGAUCUAAUGAUCUAUAUAUAUCCAUUAUUCAUAUACAACCCAUUAAUUUACCCCACUAAUCCAUUUAGAGGAUGUAUAGUAGCAUAUGUUAAAACAUUAACGAUUAUUCAAAGACUUUCAACAGAAAAUGAAAUCAGAGACUAUAUCAAAAGAAUUAGACACUCAGAGGAGUAUAUAGAUGGCUGUAUUGUAGAUUUAAAAAAAAGAGAAAAAAAAGGAAUUUUACCUUGUGUAGAUGCAAUUAUUGAAAUUUGUAAAUAUUUAGAGAAAAUUGUGUUCUGUCAACAAAACUCGGUUCAAAAUCAUUUUAUAUACAAAUUAGUAGAUGGCCAUUUAAAGGGGUUACCAGACGACGAUAUUGAAGAAAAUAUUAAAAACUAUUUAUUAACAGAAAUAUCAGAAACAAUUAAAACUUUUUUUAUUCCAGCAAUGAGAAAAUUAAUUAGAUACCACUAUAGCUUAAUACCAAUUGCCCCAAAAGAAAUAGGUUUAUGGAGAAUACCAAAAGGUGAUGAUAUAUAUAGAUUCCAUAUUUAUUAUUUUACAUCAACAACAAUGCAUCCAAUGGACAUUCAGGAAUUAGGUUUAAUAGAGAUAGAAAGAUGUAAAAAGAAAAUUAUAGAUUUAGUUAAACCAGAGUACAUUUUUUGUGAAGAGCAAGAAUCAUUUGGUGAAUUUAUGAGAAGAAUCGUUAGUGAUCCAAAAUUCCACUACCCAUUUACAAAAAAAGGAAGAAGAGACGCAGUUCACCAAUUAAAAAGAUCAAUUACAAAUGCAUGGGAAAAAAGCAAAGAAUUAUUUUAUGAUUACCCACAAAGUCCAAUAAAUAUAGAAUACUUUUCUAUUUUUUCAGAUGUUUCUUUUUCAUAUCAACCAGGUCCAUGGGAUGGAAGCGAAAACCCUAGAAUUACAAUAAAUUUCGAUAGAGAAAUUGCAUAUUCGAAACUAUUAAAUAAAGGUUGUGCAUUUAGAGAGGGUGUACCAGGUCAUCAUUUGCAAAUUCAAGCCUCAAAAGCUAGCAAUUUAGAUUUCUUUAGAAAGAAUUUUAUUUCAAACUCAUUCUUUAACGGUUGGGGAUUAUACGCAGAAUUAUUAACAGUUGAAAAUGGAUGGAUGGAGAAUAAAUGGGAAGAAUUAGGCCACUAUUUAUUAGAUCUAAGAACAACUGCAAAAUUGGUUGUGGAUAGUUCAAUUCAUUAUCAAGGUAUAAAAUGGGAUACUAAAACCGCGCUAGCUUUCUUUGAAGAUUUAGGGUUUGAUCAUUCAGAAGCAGAAAUUGAAGUAAAGUGUAUUGCUUCACUUCCAGGUACCGGUUUGUCACAAAAAAUAGGUCAAGUUAAACUUUUAGAAAUGAGAGAAUUUGCAAAAAGCGAGUUGGGUCCAAGUUUUAAUAUAAAAGAGUUUCAUUCAGUUGUUUUAGAAAAUGGUUCAUUGCCACUUGAUGUUUUAGCCCAAUUAAUACAAUAUUGGAUUAUAGAGAAAAAAAAUAACAAAUCAUUCCCAAACUCGCCAUUCAAAAUAAUUAAUAAAUUAGUAUAUGUUUUAAAUAACUAUAAUAACAAUAAUAAUAGCAUCAAUUACAUACUGUUCAUUUGGUAUAAUUGA